UGUGCGUCGCGGAAAAAAAAAAAAAACAGCAGCAUCGGUGGCUGUUGGGGAAGAGAGUAAAUAGAGGGAGAAGCCUCAAGAUGGCUGACUCGCACGGCUCUGUUCACCUCUCCGGAGCUCCGGCUGUUGCUGCUUCUCCUUCCGCUACCGGAGCUUCGGUCAAAAACGGAUUCGGUAAGGCAGCCGAGUCGAAGGGAGCCGCUGACAACCGCCCGCAGUGUUCCGGAGAUUUUAGCCCACCCAAGAAGGUCCGAGUCGAGGAGAGGAGCGUUAAACCCAAGAAAGUCAGCAAGGACGCGGGUGAUGGAAGCAACGGCAGCGGGAAAAAGAAAACCCAGCAGCUCACUAAGCAGCAGAAUCGUAGUAGCAGUAGCGCGGGCUUAUGGAGCUUCAGCCCGGUUAAGACGAACAGCAGCAGCAACCCUCCGGUGCCUGCUACCGAUGGAUCCCAGCCACUCAAAGUCUUUAAACAGAGCGAUUUCUUCCUCCACAAGGCGCCUUCCUCGAAAACCAAGUGUAAAGAUAAACAGAAGGAGAAGGAGAGAGAAAAAAGGAAAGGAGGCGGGGAGGAGAAAAAGAAACAUGAACUGUUUGUGACCUCCGGAGUUGGGAAUAAUGUUACUAACAGCAACGACAGUAAAGGGUUUAACAACGUUUCUGCAGCAAAGAGAGAAAAUGGAGAUGUCCUGUUACCAUCAAAAGAAAAUCCCAACAAGGACGAGAUGAAGGCCCGCGAAAAGAAGAAGGUGAAAGAACGAGAGAAGGAGAAGAAAAAGCACAAAGUGAUGAAUGAGAUCAAGAGAGAGAACGGCGAAGUCAAGCAGCCGAUUAAAGAAGAAAAAGAGAAAGCGAAGAUCAAGUUGGAGGAGCUGCAAAUCAAAAAAGUGAAGAAGAAAAAGAAGAAGAAACACAAAGACGGGGAGAAGUACAAGAGAGUGAAGAUGUACCACCGCUCCUGCCAAACCAUCUGCGCCGGCCUGCUUCUCCUACCACCUCCUCCCUCCUCGUCCUCCAACUCCUUCUCCUUCCCCGAGCAAACAAACAACUCUUCUGCGUCGCCCUUCAAGUCUCCUCCACCCGUUUACCUGACGUCCAACAAUAAAAACUCCAAUCUCAGGCCCUCUUCUCCUCCUCCUGCCUCCAAAUCACUCUUCAACUCCUCCAACUCAAAGCUCCCAGUUUCUACAAAACACAACUCGCAGAGGAUCCAUCCUGGAAUGGCAGGCCUCGAGUUUGCGCCCUACAUUUACAUCGAAAACCAGCCGAAUGGAGGGGCUCUGGUAGCUCAUGCGUAUGCGUCUCAGCUCUCCUCUCUCUCUGUGGACCAGAGGCAGAGAUUUGCCCAGGAGUUUGUCACGUUAUCGUUCAGCGAGGACCAGUCCAAGGCAGCUCAUUACGUCAUGGGAAUUGUUCACGGAGAAGCCAAGAACCUUCCCGACUUCUUGGAUUACUUUUCAACCAAGUUCCCGUCGGCUCCUGUCAAAAUGGAAAUACUCGGAAAGAAGGACAUAGAAACAACCACUAUGGCUAAUUUCUACUCUCAGGUGAAGAGAACUUACAGCCACGGUACGUACAGAGCCGGAGCCAUGAGACAGAUCAGUCUGGUGGGAGCCGUGGAUGAAGAGGUCGGGGAUUAUUUCCCAGAGUUCCUCAGCUUGCUGGAGGAGUCCCCCUUCCUGAAGCGGACUCUUCCAUGGGGAACACUUUCCAGCCUAAGAAACAUGAGUCCAACAAAGAGCGACGACGGUCCAAUAAUGUGGGUCAGACCAGGAGAACAGAUGAUACCUGUAGCCGAUAUACCAAAGUCUCCUUUUAAAAGAAAGCGCUCCACUAACGAGGUAAAGAAUCUGCUCCAGUCGAUGCCCCGGACCAGCGAGCCCAGGGAGAUUCUGUUCGAGGACCGGACCCGCGCCCACGCCGAUCACAUCGGCCAGGGCUUCGAGCGUCAGACCACGGCGGCCGUGGGAGUGCUGAAGGCUGUCUGCACUGUAGAAAGGUCGGAGCCGCCUCAUGUAACCAAAGACGUUGUUUGUUUCCAUGCUGGGGAUUUCCCUUACGUCGUCGAGAGGCUGCAGUUGGACUUGUACGAACCGCCGCUGUCUCAGUGCGUCCAGUGGGUGGACGAUGCCAAACUGAACCAGCUUCGGCGGGAGGGCAUCCGCUACGCCCGCAUCCAGCUUUGCCACGACGACAUCUACUUCAUCCCCCGCAACGUGGUCCACCAGUUCAAGACGGUGUCGGCCGUCUGCAGCCUGGCGUGGCAUGUACGCCUGCAGCAGUACCACCAGGAGGAGAAGGGAGAGGAGGAGGAGAAAGCUGGGCUGAAGGAGGAGAAGGAGACGGCGAUGGCUGAGGAGCAGGGUGGCGAGAAGAAGGAGAGGAUAAAGGAGGAGGUGGAUGUGGCAGAAAAACGGACGUUACUCGCUGACAAAAAGGAAGAAGGCGAUGAUCGUCUUCUGUCGUGUCAACCCUCGGAUGAUAUCUCAGAUGCCGGCAGAGACGAAGAGGAGGCGACGCGAAAGAAAGAAGAACCUCACUGGGUUUCUCCUCCUCAAAAGGCGAAGGUAGUAGCUCCAACUUCUCCUCCCUGCAAGAAUAAAUCACCCUCUCCUCUUCAUCUUCCUCCCCCUGUUUCUCCUCAUAUGGACGUGAAAUCCAAAGCCUCAGCUAAACCUCACCUCCCCGGUCACCCUGACAGCAGGACGGCGUCUUCCUCCUUGCCUCAGAAACGCUCCGGUUGCUCCAAGUCUUCCGCCCGCGCAUCAUCCUCGGGAGUCGCCUUCACUUCCUCGCACACUGUGUCUUCUACCUCCCGGUUUCCGUCGGCUUCCUCUUCCUCUCUGACGAGUCCCACGUCUGCGGCAGAGGCUCUCGUGACAACUCUUCCUCUUUCCAGAGUCUCCUCUUCCCUCCAUCUGCCUUCGUCUUCCCAUACGGAGCAACUCGACGAUUCCGGCACGAAGGACUCCGCCCGGACGCCGACGCCGUCCGACUUGUGGACACCGUCGCAGGGGAGACCCGCUGCGGACGUACAGACUCGCUCCGCCCCGGCCGAGCGUUGGACCCGCCCGGCGGCGGACACACGGACACAAACCGCCUCCGAUUCGGAGACGAGGACUCGCGGCUCGGAUCCCGACUCCAGGACUUGUGUCGAUGUGCAGCAGCAUCUGGCGCCAGACGUGACACGGCGAGGGGGGUACAUGCAGCAGUACCCCCCCGAGCACCUCCCGCAGAUGCUCGCCCCUCCUUUUCCCCCUCUCCGCCCCCCCCUUCAGCCUCACGUCCUCCCCCAGACACCCGUCUCCAGUCCCCAUGAGCAGCGCCCUCUGAACUCCUUCCUCAGUCAGGCGCCGUCGCCCCAUUCGGUUCACCUGGGCCACCUGCACCCCCCCCACCCGCCCAGCCUCACCACACAGUCUCAGCCUUACUUCAUGAGCCCUCCCUCCUCCUCCCCCUCUCAGCCAAACGCCCCCCAGUCUCUCUCGCCUCAUUUCUCCUACCACCACCAGUUCGCCAAACCCUUCUUCCCCCCCCAGCACCCCGGCUUCCCCUCUCACCCCUUCCUCCCUCAUCAGUCCUUCCUCCCACAGCCACCCGCUUCUUACCCACUGCAGCCACAGUACCAAACCUCAGCACCGGUGCAGCCCCAGCUGCUUCUGUCGCAGUCGUUUACCUCCUCUCAUGCUCCGCCUCCCCCGUCCUCCACGCCGCCUCCGCUCCCUCCCCCUUUCCCGCCGCCUCCCCCCUUGCCUCAGCCCUCCCCUUCCAUCUUCCCCCCUCCCCCCAAGGCAUGACAACGAGCAGAAGCAGAUUUUAUAGGAGGAUUUGUAUAUACCAAUGGUAAAUUUAAGUAACUGUACAUGUAGGAGGCUUUGUUUUGGUUGUGCCGUUGUAAAGCUGUAAAAAGGGAGUGAGGUGGGAGGAAGUCAAGUUUUUUUUUUUUUUUGUUGUUGUUUUUGUUAAUGAGCAGAGUGGGACUAAAACACGGUGCCUUUCAUAAGAGUUUAUACCCUCAACUAUUCAUUUUGUCACCAUACAACCGUAAACUUCAGUGCAUUUUGCCAGGAUUUUAUAGGACGGACCAACAGGAAGAUGUUUGUAAUCUGGAAAUGGAAGAAAAAUGCUACGCAACUUUAAAACUUUUUAAGGCCACCUUUUGCUGCAAUUACAACUGGAAGGCCUUUGGAGUUUGUUUAUGAAGAAAAGUAUUCCCACAUCAUGUUGCUGCCGCCACCGUGUCCUACAGUGGGGGACGAGGAGUUCAAUCCCUCUCAUUUUGUUUGGUAGUUUUGUUCUAAUGCAACUUUUACCAUCCAAAGAGCCAAUUUUGCCCUCAGUCCAGCUAAAUAAAACAGAUCUAGAUUUACAAAUAUGACCUUACCUUUUGAAAAAAGAUAACACAAUUUUUGAUAAUUAUCCACUGUAAGUAACUUUUUAAAGAGCAACCGUUUCACUCCUAUUUUUAGUUGAGGGUUUUUUUUUGUUUUUAUUUAUCUCGAAAGAAAACAAAACUUGUUUUCAAAAAUAUACUGGCUUCAUGUUCUUGUAUUGGAUGUUAAUAUUUGCAUAGUUUUAGUUUCCAGCCUGCAAAUGAGAAAAAUAGAUCUAGU